AUGGAUUCCCUUCCAAGCACCUUCAUCAUUGAAAUAGACGGCAGGCCCAUCUCCAAGUUCAAUGGCCCGGUUGAUGAAUGGAGUGGCGAAUUAUGCAAACUGGUAGAGGGUGGAUCGGAACCAGCCGUUUUUGAACUACGCGGAGGCCGUCUCAUGUCCGACGGGCAUAUCCUUACCAGACAUCAUAUAGAGGACUUGAGCCUCAUGCCGAAGAGGGUAUUAUGGAUGAAGCCCGACGAUCGCUACAGCCAACAUAAAGUCGUUGCAGAAAAGAAUGGCGAUGAUUACUCGCUCACCAUCUCUGGUGGUACCCUUAUGGCGAGAGACGGCAUCGUCGUUGCGGACAUCCUGAAACAGGAACCAAGCCGAGCCAUCGUCAAGAUGCGAUAG